AUGGGUUACGGACAUGCAGAUAAAGCGUGUAGAUCCAGACAAAAAAGCAUUAUGAUAGAGAACGGAUUUGAAGAGCACUUUGCCUACUCAGAAGACAGAGGACGAAAUGUACGUGCUUCAUCAAGAAGUGGACGAACGAGCCCGGCGCACAGCGCCCACGGGAGCCUAAUUCGGCAUAGUCUGAUGAAGGUUACUGACGACAAGCGCGCCAUGAAGGUCCGAUUCUAUCGGAACGGAGACAAAUUUUUCAAAGGAAUUGUGUACGCUGUGUCAUGUGAGCGCUUUCGGACGCUAGACUCAUUACUAGUUGAUCUAACCGAUAGUCCGGUGUGCGACCGGAAUGUCCUUCCCAACGGGGUCCGACACAUCUUUUCUGCUGACGGAAGUCAUAAAGUGACUCGUCUCGACCAACUGGAGGAAGGCGAGAGUUAUGUGUGCGCCUCAACAGAUCUUUUCAAACGUCUAGAUUAUACAAAAAGCGCUAGCCCCAAUUGGAACGUAAAUGUUCGCGCCAAAGAUGACGAUUCUGCCAUUUCCGGUGCGAUGCGCGAGUCACUUACGGAAGACAUGAAGGAUUAUAUUAAACCCAAACUGGUCACAAUUGUCAGGAACGGGUCAAAACCCCGCAAGGCUGUGCGUGUGCUCCUUAACCGGAAGACAGCACAUUCGUUUGACCAAGUCAUGGAUGACAUCACAGAGGCUAUUAAACUCGAUUCAGGUGCAGUUCGCAAAGUUUUCACAUUGGACGGGAAGCAGGUGACGAACCUGUACGACUUUUUCCAGGAUGAUUCUGUGUUCAUAGCUUACGGUCCGGAGAGAUUUUCCGCUGAUGACUUUGAUCUGGACGACAAUGGGAAGAAUAUGCUCCAAAAAAAAGAAGAAGUGAAGUUGGUCUCCCCGUAUAAAGCAUCACCCUUCAAGGAGAAAAGAAUCACACUACGGUCGGCAAAGUCACCCAGAUCGUCACGCAAGCUGUCACUAUCAAAUAGAAGCUUAAAUGAAGAUUACCAUGAGUCCAGGUCAGCUCGGAGCUCUCCUCUGUCGUCCCCGCUCUCCUCUCCACGUAUGUCACGCAAAUCUAGUGGUCGUGUUGUCUCUGCUCCAAAGUACAGACUUCAGGAAGGACUAGAUGGGGAGAGCUAUGCUGGUCCUCCAAGUCUUGGCAAGAAAUAUGAAAUUGGUCGAGUCAUUGGGGAAGGCAACUUUGCUGUUGUAAUGGAGUGCAUAGACAGGACAACCAAUAAGAGGUAUGCCCUAAAGAAGAUUGACAAGACCAAGUGUAAAGGAAAGGAACAAAUGAUUGAGAAUGAGGUAUCCAUUCUGAGGAAGGUCCAACAUCCAAACAUUAUCAUGCUGCUCGAGGAAUUUGAUGCCAAGGAUGAGCUGUAUCUAGUCAUGGAGUAUGUUAAGGGAGGUGAUUUGUUUGAUUCAAUAGCCAUGGCAACCAAGUACACAGAACAAGAUGCCAGCGGCAUGUUUUAUAAUCUGUGUAGUGCACUAAAAUACCUACACAAUCUCAACAUCGUCCACCGUGACGUGAAGCCCGAGAAUCUACUGGUAUUUCAACAUACAGAUGGAACAAAGUCCAUCAAACUAGGUGACUUUGGUCUCGCAACAUAUGCCACUGAGGUCUUGUACACAGUGUGUGGCACACCUACAUAUGUGGCACCCGAGAUCCUUGCAGAAAUAGGAUAUGGGUUCAAGGUGGAUGUGUGGGCAGCAGGUGUGAUUCUGUAUAUAUUGCUUAGUGGGUUCCCUCCCUUUGUAAGCACAAGUAAUGACCAAGAAGAAUUGUUUGACCAGAUACUGGACGGUAAAUUUGAGUUCACCCCUCCCUUCUGGGAUGAAGUUUCUGACUCAGCUAAGGAUCUGAUCAGUAAGAUGCUGGAUGUCGAUCCCGAGUGUCGUCUCUCUGCUGCAGAUGUACUAGUCCACCCAUGGGUUGCUGAUGACAUGGCCAAGAACGAGGACAUGCAUGGUAAUAUUACCACCAGUAUUAAGAAACACUUUAAGAGGAAGUCCAAGCCGUCCCUCAGUACUGCUGGUAUCAGGAUAGUCACUAGCACAGCACUAGACAAGGCCUCAAGGUUUUUCCCAGGAAGGAAGGCAGCUCUGACAUACCAGCAACAGGAGAAUGGUGAUGAGGUCUUCUGA